UAAAGAAAGAUGGCGUUACAUAUUCAAAAAGUAACCUACUUUUCCAAAAGUCUACCUUUCAUUUUCAUAAGUUUUCUUAAUCCCAAUGUGAAGAUGUAACCGAUUUUCUAAGGCAAAUUUAAUUAAAAAGUUGUCAAAUUUCUCUAAAAGGGGUUGUUGUAGCUAGCUCUACCAAUAACACUGAAUUCCUGUAAACCCCUUAUUCCAUUUUCGUUCAUACAUUCUCAAAUAUGCAUUUUUUUCAGGUUCCCAGCAAGACACAAUAUUCCUCGAAUAUUAGUAUAAAAAAUCUAAUUAUAGUACUAACUUGUUUUGGUUGCAUGAUUUAUCUUGUUUGUUCCAUUUAUCUUGCUCCCAAUAACACAAACCAUUUCCAUACCUCAGUUUCAUUACAGGAUGAUAAUUUAACAUCCCAAACCAAUCUUGAUCAUAUUGUUUUUGGGAUUGCAUCAAAUGAGCUAUCUUGGUCCAAAAGAAAAGAAUAUGUUAAGCUCUGGUGGAAGCCUAAUAUGAUGAGGGGUUGUGUGUUUCUUGAAAAGAUGCCACCUUCUUCAUCCAAUGGCACAAAGGAUGAGUCUUUGCCUCCAAUUUGCAUAUCUGGGGAUACUUCUAAUUUCAGAUAUACUUAUAAAGGUGGGACCCCUUCAGCUAUUCGUGUGGCACGUGUCGUCUCGGAGACUGUGGCACUAAAUCAUUCUAAUGUCAGGUGGUUUGUGUUUGGUGAUGAUGACACAAUUUUCUUCCCUGAAAAUUUGGUGAAGACGCUUUCUAAAUAUGAUCAUGGCCUUUGGUACUACAUUGGGACAAAUUCAGAAAGCUUUACGCAGAACAAGUUUUUCUCCUAUGAAAUGGCUUUUGGUGGAGCUGGUUUUGCUAUAAGUUAUCCUUUGGCUAAUGUUUUGGCUAGAUUCUUUGAUUCAUGCAUAGAAAGAUACCCUCAUUUAUAUGGAAGUGAUGGUAGAGUUCAUGCCUGUUUAGCAGAGCUUGGUGUUGGCUUAACACGCGAGCCCGGGUUUCAUCAGAUGGAUUUUCAUGGAAAUGUGUUUGGACUAUUGGCUGCACAUCCUAAUAGACCUUUGGUAUCUAUGCAUCAUAUGGAGGCAAUUGAUCCUAUAUUCCCAAAUAUGACAACAGUGAAGGCUCUGGAACACUUGUACAAUGCUGCAAACUUCGAUCCGCAUCGUAUUUUGCAGCAAACAGUAUGCUACGAUCGUUGGUUUUCUUGGACAGUGUCAGUGUCUUGGGGAUAUGCUGUUCAAGUGUUCGACAAGCACGUGCCUUUACCAAAUGUUGAGCGUGUUGAAGAGAGCUACGCUCCCUGGAAAAGGAGUCAUACAGGUGCAUUAUACGACUUUGAUUCGAGGAAAUAUGAAUCUGAUCCAUGCCGAAGGCAGCUUGUUUAUUUCCUGGACAGAAUUUCUUCUGAAACCAAUAGAACUAAGGCUAUUUACAAGAGAAAGACAUCUGAGGAAUGCAAAUUCGACAUGUCUUCGCCUAGAAGACUAGAAGAAAUCAGAGUGUUAUCAAGCAAGUUAGUCCUUGACAAGCAACAGUUGCUAGCUCCAAGAAGGCAUUGCUGUGAUGUGUUAACUUCUACAUGGGGCAAUGUCAUGGAAAUAGCGAUAAGAGAAUGCAAGGAAGAUGAACUAAUUUACUUGCAGCAUUAGUACAAUAUAUUAUUAGAGACAUUCCACAAGCAUAGCUACCACCAUUUGAUGGUCUUGCCUGAUCCGAUCGCGCAAUCUCCAUUUUGAUGAUUCAUUGCUCCUGGAAGAAAAAAGAAUUUGUGCAUAAGGAAGUCUAACACCAAGCCUAGGAAAAUGCCAACAGUAUUUUCAUGGCAGAGUCAUUUGUUUCGUGAGAACUAAGUUCAAUGAGCAAAGAGGAUUCAGAGCCAGACAUAUGGGGGAAGCUUUUUGGUUUGAAAAAUCAGUUCUGUACGUUUGUACUUGGAUUAGAUGUAUACCGCCGGAAACUAGACACAUUAACAAAUUAGCAACAUACAGAAAAAACUUUGAGACUUGUGAGUCAACCCGAAAAAAUAA